UUCAGAAUAUAUGAGCUCGGAGGAGCUCUUGCUCAUCACUCCAGCAGAAGAAUCAACCACAAGAAGAAUCAGUUGCGCAGGAAUAUUGAAGAAGUGCCCGAAACUACACAAAUUUCUUCUGUGACCACUCAUAUUACGGCGUCUCAUUCGGUGGAACACUCGAGUGCCUUGGCUAGUGAGGUAAUCCCGAGCAAAGUCGUCCCGCAAGCGGUACCCAUGGUGGCUCCCGAUGCCAGUGAACUUGAAUCAAAAACCUCAUUACCAAUGCCAGUGCAACCUGCGAAAGCGAAGAAUCCACAAAUGGCUUUCGAUUUCAAUGGCCAUGCUUGCAAAGAGGUGACUGCUCGUCAAUUGAAUAUGGAGCAACGGGACGAGCACGGGCUAAACCAGGACCUUAAGACACAUUUCCUGGACAUCUUUGCUGAACCCGAUCCACAGUACCACAGUGUAGCAUGUGUUUGGCGAUCAGUUUACAGGUCUUCGAAGGUAACUCGUAUCUACUGCUACAAAAUCCUCACGCUCAUCUUCGGGCUUCCGAUUGCGCUCAUUGCUGGUUUUAUAUUUGCACUGUUCUCCUUCUUGAGGAUAUGGAUUACACAGCCUCUUCUCACAUUACUGGCGCAUGGUAUUGAGUCAAGUACUGGCGAUUUGGCCAAUAUGUCUGCUCUACAUCGUGCGUCCGUUCUUCUACUCCGUCGGUGCUGUAUUUAG